AUGUCGCAAAUCGAUAUAUCCCCUGAAAGCCCACCCCCCUUCGACGAAGAUCGACCGGUCCCAAAGCAAGCCCCCAAUCUUACCGAGCAUGAUGAUCUUCCCCUUGCUGGUCCUCUGGAUGGAUAUGUCGGCGCCCAUUUCCCAAAAAACGACAAGUUUGUCACGUCUAUUAACUGUAACUGGGUUCCAACAAUCAACAUGGAUGACCACGAAACCUUUGUACGUGAAGAUGGUACCUAUGGCGAGGACGACUACAUCGUGACGCCUCAAUGUUUCUCUAAACAAUACGCGCAUUUAUUUUGUAUUCCGACCGUCCCGACCGAAGACAACAAUCCCCUUUCCGAAUACCGUCAUAUGUGGUAUCCGCUCCCUACCAACGCCUUGAGGACUACCAGCGAUCAAUCGACUAGUGGAAUCAGCGAGGCCAUGGUGCAAAUCAUCGAUGAGCACCUGGAAUUCCUACAUGAGGCUGCGCGAUAUAUAAAGACCGUCGCGUCACAUGUAGUACGAAUAAUCGAAGACAAGUACAGAACGGUGCCAGAGGCCAGCGCGAAUCCCAUCAAUUUGCUCGUAGACAAACUCGUAAAUUGUUUAACCAGUCUUUCGACCCUCGGCGCAACAAAAAGCACGACACUCUACCGGUAUACCGAAUUGAAGCCGCGCGUGGCUUGA